GAUAACAGGAGUGUGUGGAUGGUUCAGCAGGAGACCUAAACCGGAGGGGGAACACCGGACCUAAUCUGGUUACAUAAGGAGCCAUUGAAUUUGCAGAACGUCUCCGCAUUAAUCCGCUGAACCAUUCAUGUUCAAGCGUCCCGCGGCGGAGUAACGCACGCAGGACACACACAAACAGACACGCGCGCACACUUGUGGCUCUGAAGGCACAGAGGCGCGUGAAAUAAGAUAAAAGGCGCAGACUGAUAUCUUUGGGGUUGGUACAUUUCCACGCAUCUCUGCAGAAUGCAUCACGUUGCAAACCCGAAGUGGCGGCUCGCUGUGCUGUUCGCGCCCGUGACGAUUCCGCUGACGCGCCACUAGCCGCACCACCCAGGAGACGGAGAGGAGAGGAGAGAGCUGUUAGCGGCGGACCGAGCAGGGGGACUGACUGACUGACUGACUGGAGACCGGUGUCCCUUCCUCUUUCUUUCCUCCUUCCUUCACGAGCGUGGACGUAAAGCCUGCCUUUGCGCAAGCACUGUGGACGAUAUUUAACAAGCGACAGCUUUUAACCGGGAGCAUCAUCCAGACUCUUCUGCAGAGAUGGAGGUACCAGGCUUGGCGCACAACCUCAGCAGUCCAUUAAGUCCCUGCGAGGGCAUGAUCAAGGACCUGAGCUUGGACUCCAUUCAGUUAUGCGAACGAGAUGGAACUAAAGCCCAGGAUGGCAGCCUCUCUGAAAUGGAGGAGCUCCCCGUCCCCCAGAACAUCAAGAUCAGCAACAUCACCUGCGACUCCUUCAAGAUCUGCUGGGAAAUGGAGGCACGCAGCAAGGAGCGCAUCACACACUACUUCAUUGACCUGAACAAGAAAGAAAACAAAAACUCCAACAAGUUCAAACACAAGGAUGUUCCUACCAAACUGGUGGCCAAAGCGGUGCCCUUGCCCAUGACAGUGAGGGGCCACUGGUUCCUGAGCCCCCGCACAGAGUACACUGUGGCUGUCCAGACUGCAUCAAAACAGACCGAUGGGGACUACGCCAUCUCCGAGUGGAGCGAGAUAGUGGAGUUCUGCACUGCUGAUUAUUCCACUGUGCAUCUAAACCAGCUGUUGGAGAAGGCGGAGGUCAUCGCUGGGCGGAUGCUGCGUUUCUCUGUUUUCUACAGGAAUCAGAAUAAAGAGUACUUCAACCAUGCCAGGGAGGCGCAAAACAACCGGAUGCUGCCGUCAGUGAAAGACAACAGCGGCAGCCACGGCUCGCCCAUCAGUGGCAAGCUGGAGGGCAUUUUCUUCAGCUGCAACACAGAGUUCAACACCGGCAAGCCCCCACAGGACUCCCCCUACGGCCGCCAACGCUUUGAAGUUCAAGCUGACGCUCUAUUCAAUCCUGACACCAGCCUGUACUUUGGAGACUUCUACUGCAUGUACACGGCUUACCACUACGUUAUCCUGGUGCUGGCCCCAAAGGGCUCCCAGGGUGAUGAGUUCUGUAAGCAGAGGCUGCCUGCGCUCGACAUCACCAACAACCGUUUCCUUACCUGCAAGCAGGAUGAAGAGGGCGAAGGCCGUCUGGUGUUCCACCACGCGCAGGACGUCAUCUUGGAGGUGAUCUACACGGAGCCCGUGGACCUGGCGCUGGGCACGGUGGCAGAGAUCUCGGGGCAUCAGCUGAUGAGUCUUUCUACAGUAAACGCCAAGAAGGACCCCAGCUGCAAGACCUGCAACAUCAGUGUGGGACGCUAA